UUGCCGGACUGUCCACUCUGUGGCAAGGCGUUUAAAUCUCAGAAACAGCAUGGGCCGAGGAGUGCUCAUAUCAAGUCGUGUGGCAUCAAAUUGGGCUUGGAUGCCGAGAAGCUCUUGCAAUUACGACGCUUGGAAGAGCGACAGGCUCAAGAGCGCCAAGCUUUGGGCUUGCCCGUUGUGUCGGCCGGGCCCCGGACCAAUCACUCGGAAAGUGGGGUGCGGCGAGCAAUCAAAGCCUCCACACACCCGAGUGUUUCUUCUAUGAACAUACCUUCGGAUCCUCAUUUGGAGAUGGCUUUGGCCUUGUCCGCAUCUCUCGCUCAUGAAGAGAUGUCGAAAUGUGACGAAGAGGAAAGGCAAUUGCAAUUGUUGGGAGUAUCCGACCACAAGCUGCAAAAAAUGGAACCGCCCCCUCAAGUUCUUAUUUCUGCUCCAUGCCCUAAUAUCCUUCCCGCCCCCUCACGCCUAGGUAGUAAAGCUCAUAAGAAGCCCAAGAAAGCCAAGUCCUGUUUGGAAGUCCGCCUACCCGAGGACCGUCUGCAACAAAUAUCCGAACAAAUUGCGAUGAUUCUGGCCGGCGAAUCCUCCGCAGAAACGAGGCUCGUACCAGGCACUCUCUUCGCCUGGAAGAGCUUCACGUUUUCCGAUAUCGAAAACGAGAAAUUACUCGAUUGGACCGCGAAACGUGAUCAAAGAUGGAACAGGGCAGCCAUGCAAGAUGCCCAGUUUUACAAUGGUAUUUUGGGAUCCUUUCAAGUGGAGAACUUGUCUCUUGGCAAAGAAAAAAUGAUCACGUCAUCAACCCCCGUCAAGUUGGAGUCAACCAAUGAGAUGAAACCCACCUCGCCUGUGAUUCGAGUGAAAGCCAUCACCAACGAACACUUUCAAGCUCUGAGCAAUGACUUGGCCUCGCUUUUGAAGUGCAACUCCCAGAGUGAUGUUACCAUUAUCUGUCAAAAUGACGCGGAAGUCAAAUGCCAUUCUCUCAUUCUUUUCUUACGCUGUCCUCUCCUUCGAGAAUAUGUCGUGACCGAAGAAGCCAAUGGUCGAUCGCAAAGAGUUCUCGCUUGGCCUGAUGUGUCUGAAGAAGCCACGAAACUGUUCCUAUCCUACUUGUAUUCGGCCAACUUGCCCCGUGAUAUUGACCGACAGACUGUGUUAAAUCAAUUGCGAACUCUGGCCAAGAAGUACAGAGUGAAGUUGCUCCAUGGUUUUCUUGGUGAUCUUAAUGUUGAUCACAUGAUGAGCGAACGAGAAGAAGAGGAAAUUGAAAAAAUCGACAUUUGCCGAGGAAAAACGGAUGGCCUCGAAGGUCCCAAUUGUGGUGGUGUGUUGGGCGAGCAUGAGGAAAGUUUCAACAUCUAUGGAAAUGAAGCCUCACAAGAGCAUUUGGUCAAAGUUGUCAGUGGCAACAGUCUCACCACCCCAGAUCUGCGGGUUCAGUUCAAGACGGAAGAUUCAAAGGCGCUGUCAAGAGCGUUGGUAAAUGUCAGCAAUUUAAGCACUGGCGGGUUCAUUGAACCAAACGGUGGUUCGCCGGUGAAGUUAGACCAAUCCUUGGGUACUGCGUAUGCCUCGGAUGAGGACCUUUUUGCAAGUGAUAAGGAAGAGAGCGAAGAAGAUGUCCAGAACCAACCAAGAUCAUUAUCACCCGCAUCUUCAGAUAUUGGAAAUAGUCUUGUCAAGAAGCCUGACUCCACGCAUGAGCUCACAAUGUCCUCUCCUUUCAAGAUCGUCAGUCCCACUCCAACUUGUGAGAAAGUACACACUGGCGAGUCUGGCGAUAAUGAUGAUGGGAAAGAUGUUUGGGCUGAUUUCGAAGUAGAUGGCGGAGAAAUAUCGGUGGAAGCAACACCAGAAGAGGAAUGGAUCGAACGCCAAGAUAUGCCAGAUCCAAAGGUCGCCUCUACCCCUCAUUCAUGUACACCGAGUCCACUUUCAGAAAGACGCGAAAGCUUGACCGAGAGCUGCACCCCUCCGAAGAAGCUGACCUCAAAGUCACCAGAGAACUUUGGACGGAUCACGCCAAUGCUUGAUUAUGAUCGAAUGCUCUCCCCCGCCUUAAGGCGGGAAUUAUACAAGUUCGGAUUGAAAGCCAUUCCUCGGCGCAAAGCUGUUCAGAUUCUCACUCAUAUCUACGAGGAAACUCAUCCACUAGUCGAAGACGUACGAAGCGUUGACGACACCGAAGGCGGCGACGGAGAGAAAGAGAUAGAACCAAUCGGGGAAGGAUCUGCUUCUCAAGAAAGCAUCGAAAGCUCCAAAUCUGAUCUGCCUGAAGAGUCCAUAUUCUUAUCCUUGGAAGAAAGAGACGGUCCCGGCCAAUCGCAAGUUUUGGCUCCCGAUGAGGACAUCGAUAAGAUUGUCUUGAACUAUAUCAAGGCCAAUGACGAACUGCAUAAGCAGGUUCUUUUGUUCGAGCCGAUUUGGCUGGAAAGCUUCUUGGAAGACCUGAAGCGCUCAAGACCCGAAUUGAAACGACUGAAACUCAAUCAACUCACGGAUAUUUUUGACGUCCAAUGCAUUACGUUUCGCACGGCAGCUCGAGCCAAACGAAAACAGAAGAAAUCCCCUAAGAAAACCAAAUCCAAGGCAAACAGAGACGUCUCUCAUAUCAAGAAGACGAAGAAAAGCGCUCACAAUAUCGGGAACGGACAACAGUCCACUCAGUAGCACGAAUAAAAGAUAAUUCUUCCACCCACAAA